AUGGCUGCCGCUCUCUCCAGCUCCGUGUCUGCUGGCAUUCAGACGAAGGCACUCGGCCUCAAGGCCGCUGCUCCCAAGAAGAGCGUGGGUGCAUUCGGCAGUGAGAUGCACAGCGCGUCCCUGAGCAGCACCUUCUCAGGCAAGCAGAUUGCCGCUAAGGCCUCCAGCAGGUCCCACGCUGCAGCCAAGCGGACCGUCCUUGUUGUGUGCAAGGCCGCUGGUGAGAAGACUGUUGUGGUUGGACUUGCCGCUGACUCAGGAUGCGGAAAGUCUACCUUCAUGAGGCGCAUGACUGGCGUGUUCGGUGGCAAUGCUUCUCCUCCCAAGGGUGGCAACCCCGACUCCAACACCCUUCUUAGCGACAUGACGACCGUCAUUUGCCUCGAUGACUACCACUCCCUUGACCGUAACGGCCGUAAGGUCGCCAAUGUUACCGCUCUUGACCCCAAGGCCAACGACUUUGACCUGAUGUACGAGCAGGUCAAGGCCCUCAAGGAGGGGAAGUCCGUGAUGAAGCCCAUCUACAACCACGUGUCUGGCCUUCUGGACCCCCCCGAACUGAUCGAGUCCCCCAAGAUUCUGGUCAUUGAGGGUCUCCACCCCAUGUAUGAUGAGCGCGUGCGUGACCUGAUUGACUUCAGCAUCUACCUUGACAUCAGCGAUGAGGUCAAGUUUGCCUGGAAGAUUCAGAGGGACAUGGCUGAGCGUGGCCACAGCCUGGAGAGCAUCAAGGCAUCCAUUGAAGCGAGAAAGCCCGACUUCGAUGCUUUCAUUGAUCCCCAGAAGCAGCACGCGGAUGUUGUUAUCCAGGUGCUCCCCACUCAGCUCAUUCCUGACGACAACGAGGGCAAGAUCCUUCGCGUGCGCAUGAUCCAGAAGGAGGGACUCGAGAACUUCGACCCCGUGUACCUGUUCGACGAGGGCUCCAGCAUUUCAUGGAUUCCCUGCGGAAGGAAGUUGACAUGCUCGUACCCCGGCAUCAAGUUCUACUACGGCCCUGACACCUACUACGGAAACGAGGUGUCUGUGCUGGAGAUGGACGGGCAGUUCGAUAAGCUUGACGAGCUCAUCUACGUGGAGAGCCACUUGAGCAACACAUCGACGAAGUUCUACGGUGAGGUGACCCAGCAAAUGCUGAAGAACGCCACCUUCCCUGGCAGCACCAACGGCACUGGCCUCUUCCAGACGAUGGUCGGCCUGAAGCUCCGUGAAGCAUAUGAGCGUAUCAUCUCCAAGUCUGCAGUUGCUGUGUAA